AUGGGUUUUCGUUUACCUGGUAGCAAAAAAACAUUAUUUGCAGUCAGUCAAGCGUCUUCAAGAGCAGCAAAUGCACCAAAAGGCUACCUUGCGGUGUAUGUUGGAGAGAAAAUGAAGCGGUUCAUGAUCCCUCUGUCAUACUUGAACCAACCUUCCUUCCAAGACUUGCUGAGUCAAGCUGAAGAAGAGUUUAGAUAUGAGCACUCCAUGGGUGGCCUCACAAUUCCUUGCAGCGAAGAUGUCUUCAACCAGUUGCGGUGUGAAGAAGAAGAAGAUGAUGAUGAUGGAGUGGAGGCGGAUGUGGAAGAAGACGAUGGGCUGGAGUGGAGGUGGAAGAUGGGUGUGGAGGAAGAAAGUAUGCAGAUGCAGCAAGAAAUUUUUUAA